ACAACCCCGCGGACCCCCCCUGAAAAUUUCUUAUCGUGCGCAAAUAAUCCACGAUAAUUGGCCUGCCCCCAUCCCACCCAAACUCUACCCCCAUUCCAAUUCAUCUGUUGCACAUUUAUGCCGAUCUCGACGCAAUGCAAAGAUGACUGACCAAUUCAAUAGGAAGCCGCCGAGCUCGGAAAGGGUUCCUUCAAGUACGCAUGGGUUCUUGACAAACUCAAGGCCGAGCGUGAGCGUGGUAUCACCAUUGAUAUCGCUCUCUGGAAGUUCGAGACCAACGAGUACCAGGUCACCGUCAUUGACGCUCCCGGUCACCGUGAUUUCAUCAAGAACAUGAUCACUGGUACUUCCCAGGCUGAUUGCGCCAUUCUCAUCAUUGCCGCUGGUACUGGUGAGUUCGAGGCUGGUAUCUCCAAGGAUGGCCAGACUCGUGAGCACGCUCUGCUUGCUUUCACCCUCGGUGUCAAGCAGCUCAUCGUCGCCAUCAACAAGAUGGAUACCACCAAGUGGUCUGAGGCCCGUUUCAAGGAGAUCAUCAAGGAGACCUCCAACUUCAUCAAGAAGGUCGGCUACAACCCCAAGGAGGUCGCUUUCGUCCCCAUCUCCGGUUUCAACGGUGACAACAUGUUGGAGGAGACCACCAACGCUCCCUGGUACAAGGGUUGGGAGAAGGAGACCAAGGCUGGUGGCAAGAAGGAGGGCAAGACCCUCUUCCAGGCCAUUGACGCUAUCAACACCCCCUCGCGUCCUACCGACAAGCCCCUCCGUCUUCCCCUCCAGGAUGUUUACAAGAUUGGUGGCAUUGGCACGGUGCCCGUCGGUCGUAUCGAGACUGGUACUCUCAAGCCCGGUAUGAUCGUCACUUUCGCUCCCGCCAACGUGACCACUGAGGUCAAGUCCGUCGAGAUGCACCACCAGCAGAUGCCCGAGGGUUUCCCCGGUGACAACGUUGGUUUCAACGUCAAGAACGUUUCCGUUAAGGAAAUCCGCCGUGGUAACGUUGCCGGUGACUCCAAGAACGACCCCCCUCUGGGAGCCGCUUCUUUCAACGCCCAGGUCAUCGUCCUCAACCACCCUGGUCAGAUCGGUGCCGGAUACGCACCCGUUCUCGAUUGCCACACCGCCCACAUUGCUUGCAAGUUCUCUGAGCUUCUUGAGAAGAUCGACAGACGUACUGGUAAGUCCGUCGAGAGCUCCCCCAAGUUCGUCAAGUCCGGUGAUGCCGCCAUCGUCAAGAUGGUUCCCUCCAAGCCCAUGUGCGUUGAGGCUUUCACCGACUACCCUCCUCUGGGUCGUUUCGCCGUCCGUGACAUGCGUCAAACCGUCGCUGUCGGUGUCAUCAAGUCCGUCGAGAAGGCUGCUGCUGGUUCCGCCAAGGUCACCAAGUCCGCUGCCAAGGCCACCAAGAAAUAAGCGCAUUUCUGCAUGGAAUACUUUCUGUGCGCGAUGGGCAACACCACAGCUCAUCGAGUGCGUGUAACAACCUAAUGACACGAAAUGGUUUACGACUUGUGCAUGGGAUCUGAUGACUCGGAUAUCUGGCUUUGGGCAUGAUGUGAGGAAGGGUUAUGGACUUUUCUGCGACAGCUUUGAUCAUGUUGUGCUCGGUAGUACGAAAAUAGAGUCUUAGAAAAAGUCUUCUUUCCCCAAACAAAAUCUGCUGCUUCUUUUGAAUGUGACAUGUUACCUGGUACUUCUUGUGCGAACAGCGAUGAUGAUGUCGCUACAUGACAUGACAUCGACUGUAUCGUCGGCUCAACCAAUAUGAAACCAUCCUGAUAUUGUCAGAGCAGGAUACAUUACUCGACCAUGGUGUUUAGAAACCUGGUAGAUUGUCCCAAUUCCACCUAGACUUGUACCCACCUUUCUCUAAGCAAUGCCAAUAC